AUGUAUAGAUGGAUAAAGAAAGCACUGAUAAUUACAUUCGUAUGUGUCGUCUCUAUAUAUGGUUUCCUUAUUCUGCGAACUGAAGUAUUCAUGCUAUCGCCAACCAAAAGCAAAGAUGUCGAUAUAUUUGCUAUUUACGGUCGGAAUGGCCAAGACGAGACGAUAUUGGAAAUGUGCCUGAGAAGACUGAACUCAAGCAUGCAAUGCAACCCAACGAAAAAAGUUAUCUUUAUUAAAACCCACAAAACAGGAAGUUCCACGAUCGCCUCAAUUCUUCAACGCUAUGUGUAUACUAAGAACUUGACAAUGGCUUUACCAAAAGCCAGUCACUUUUUCUCUCUAAAGUAUCUUUUUAAACAAUAUAUGGUAACAAAAAAAUCGAAUAACAGAACUUACGAUAUGUUGACCAAUCAUGCACGAUACAAUCGUCCGGAAUUGGAAGCGGUCAUACCAAACGCUACCUACAUCACAAUUCUACGAUAUCCAGUGGCACAGUUCGAAUCAGCAUUCGGCUAUUUUCAGUGGGACAAGUUGAUUCCAAAAAGUUUCAGUGACCCGAUCGGUGAGUUCUUCCGUAAUUUCGACAAAUACGUGGUAAAUACUAAUUCGAUGCGAGGGAAUACGCGAAACGGGCAAUUGUUUGACCUGGGAUUGAGUCCACAGGAAACUCUCGACGCCAAAAAGGUGAGUGAGAAGAUAAACGCUUUGCACAGUGAGUUCGAUCUUGUUCUUGUAACAGAAUAUUUUGACGAGUCGCUGAUACUAUUGCGAGACAAGCUUUGUUGGUCGUUGGAUGAUAUACUAUAUAUUUCCAGUGGCAUACGUAGUGAUGGACGAAGGCGAUCUAUCACAACAAACACGAAAGAACAAAUUCUUGAAUGGAAUAACGCGGACUUAAAAUUGUAUGAACACUUUAAAGGGUUGCUAUUGGACAAGAUAUCGACGUACGGACCGUGUUUUGAAUAUCAUCUACAGGAACUACGUCAACGACAAGCUGCCCUGAUAAAGGAAUGCACCGAGCCCAAUCUCAAAAAUAAUGCAAGGGAAAAUAGUUAUGUUCUGAUAAAAAAUGCACCACCACAUUGUUCGUAUUUCUUGAACGGAGACGUGAAAUUCACUAAACUAUUGAAAAAACGCAUCAACUAG